AUGGGGUGUCAGACCAGAAACGUACCUUUAAAACCAGAAAGCCUGAAUUUCAAGGACCCCGAGGCGGUGAGAGCCCUGACGUGUACCCUCCUGAAGGAGGAUUUUGGGCUUACCAUCGACAUCCCCGUGGAAAGGCUUAUUCCUACCGUUCCCUUGAGGUUGAACUACAUCCACUGGGUGGAGGAUCUCAUUGGUCAUCAGGGUGCUGACAAGCAAGUCCUGAGGCGAGGCAUCGACAUAGGGACAGGGGCAUCUUGCAUAUACCCAUUACUUGGAGCAACUUUGAAUGGCUGGUAUUUUCUCGCAACAGAAGUGGAUGAUAUGUGCUUCAAUUAUGCCAAGAAGAAUGUGGAACAGAAUAACUUGUCUGAUCUUAUAAAAGUGGUUAAGGUACCACAGAAGACUCUUCUAAUGGAUGCACUGAAAGAAGAAUCUGAGAUCAUUUAUGAUUUCUGCAUGUGUAACCCCCCCUUUUUUGCUAACCAGUUGGAAGCGAAGGGAGUAAAUUCUCGAAAUCCACGGCGUCCCCCUCCCAGUUCUGUAAAUACAGGAGGGAUCACAGAAAUCAUGGCUGAGGGAGGAGAACUAGAAUUUGUCAAAAGAAUUAUUCAUGAUAGUCUACAACUUAAAAAGAGGUUACGAUGGUACAGUUGCAUGUUGGGGAAGAAAUGCAGUUUAGCACCACUGAAAGAGGAACUUCGAAUCCAGGGGGUUACUAAAGUUACUCAUACUGAAUUCUGCCAAGGACGCACCAUGAGAUGGGCACUGGCAUGGAGUUUCUAUGAUGAUGUACAAGUACCUUCACCUCCCUCUAAAAGAAGAAAAUUGGAAAAACCCCGAAAACCAAUUACAUUUAUGGUCUUGGCUUCUACAGUCAAAGAGUUAUCCAUCAAAGCUGCAGCUAUGGGCUGGGAUGCUGUAGAAGCUAUUGCUGUGGUUAGAGCCUGGGUAGAGAAGAUUCUCACAGAUCUGAAGGUUCAGCAUAAACGUGUUCCAUGUGGAAAAGAUGAAGUCAGCCUGUUUGUUACUGCCAUUGAAAACUCCUGGAUUCAUUUGAGGAGAAAGAAACGAGAGAGAAUAAGGCAAUUACGAGAACUUCCUCGGGCUUCUGAAGAUACACUGCAAGCAAUGGAAGAGGAAAAAAACAGUCAGAAGAGUGUGAGUAACAAUUCAGACUGUGAAAACCCCAAGACUGAAGACUCUGAAACAGGGUUUAUGGCACCUGAUGAGGCUGUCCACUUGAACACAGGUGAUGAGCUUAUGGAAGAAUCUGCUCCUAGAGAAGACCACAGUGAGCACAUGAAGGAGGAGGAGACAGAAGGAAAGUGGGCAGAAAUGUCACUUGGCAAAGGUUCCAUUAAUGCAAAGAAGGAACCUUGCCCUUCAGAGGAGGCCAGCAAUCUGACAGUUGAAAAAGAACAAAGUACCAAAGAAACUAGUAGAUGUUUUCUCUUUAAGUGUUUAAUGAAUGUGAAGAAAGAAGGAAAUGAUGUUUUAGUAGAAAUGCAUUGGGUUGAAGGACAAAACAGAGACUUGAUGAACCAGUUGUGCACAUACUUACGGAACCAAAUUCUUCGACUGGUUGCUAGUUAGCCCUUUUUCCUACUUUGGUAAAGUAAGUCAAUCCUCAAAUUUUGUAAACUAUUUUUAAUGGAUUAAAAUUUUCACUCAGCAAAACCUGUUUUUUUCCCCUUUAAAAAAUGAGUAAAAUGGAGAUUAAAGUCCCCUUUAAUAUUUUAAAUAGCUUUUUCAAAGCUGCAAGGAGUACAUGAAAUGUACUUCAUUGGAUGUGAAGUGAUGGGGAAGUAACGGAUUUUGUGCUGCAGUUGCAAAACUACAUGUUAAAGUGAAAUAUGUCUAUGCUGUGACUGUUUCAAAUAUCGACAGUGCUUAUUCUUAUUUUUUUCCAGUGCAACAGAUUUAUAUAUUGCUACUAAGUAGAAAUCUUUACUGAAAUAUUUUCUUCAGUAUUUUUUCAAUACUAAUGCAGGAAAUGGUUAGUCUGCUGUGGGAAUUGUUUUCUGCAGCAAGGAGUCUUCAACUAAGGAUUUAAGUAUGCCUCUCUUCCCUUUAAUGCAUGUAACCUUUGGUCUACAGAGUGGCAAGAUGGAUACAUCGUUUA